AGCAGGGGACGUGGUUAGAGAAACUAUAAAUAUGGAACUGGAUCUUGAUGGAUUCGUAUAGCAAGUACCUGAGUUUUAAGCAUGAAGAGCCUCCUCGAGAAGAAGGAUUGCGAUCCCACCCCUCUCCCGGUCGUCUCCCUCAACCACGUCUCCUUCUUGUGCUCAUCCCUCCACGAGUCUGUCAGAUUCUACGAGGAAGUGCUUGGGUUCCAGCUGAUCCGACGGCCCUCGUCCUUCGAUUUCCAAGGGGCAUGGUUCUACAAUUACGGAAUCGGCAUCCACUUGGUGCAGAGUCCGGAAGCAGUAUCGAAGCCAUCGGAGAUCAAUCCUAAAGCCAACCACAUAUCGUUCCAGUGUGCUGACAUGGGAAGAGUGAAGCAGAGGCUCGACCAGAUGGGAAUCAGCUACGUUACCGCAGUGGUCACGGAAGGUGGAAUUAGGGUCGAUCAGCUCUUCUUCCAUGAUCCUGAUAAUAACAUGAUCGAGAUAUGCGACUGCGAAAAGCUCCCCAUUGUGCCUCUGUCCUUUCCUUUCGCCCCUCUAAAGACACCGCAGUUCUGCACCGGAAGCAAUCGAAGUCUCAGAAGGCACCGCAGCGUUGCAAGCAUUGGUUGGAUAAGAGAGUGAUGGAUCAAUAGGAUAUUUAUGUCGUACGGUUGUGGUCCUUCACAUACAAAUAAACCAUCAACAGCUCUAUCUUUGCCUGUCGCUGUGCUCCUUCCUCUUCCACGGCGGGCUUCUCCUCGUCCUGUUGUCACUCAGAUACAUAAGAUUAAGUCUCAGGAUGAAUGUAAAUUGUUUCAACUAGUCUGCACCAACGAUGGGUUACCAGAAAUCUCUAAUUCAGAAUAUCUAUGUACAACUCCCUACAUAUGUUAGAUGCUUUAAGUCUCAGGAUGAAUGUAAAUCGUUUCAACUAGUUUGCACCAACGAUGGGUUACCAGAAA